AUGGUUCUUGCCACUCAGGACCGCAAACGCAAGGCUGCUUCGCGUGAGGAGCCUGCUCUCCCUCCGCGUGAAGAGCUUGCAAAUGGCAAUCUCGAAGGUAUCUUGUCUGAAGGCGACGAGUCCGACGACAGUGAAGAGGUGGAAUUUGACGGAGAAGAUGAAGACGAAGAGGACGACGAGGAUGAGGAGGAGGAGCUAGACAGCGACGAGAUCCCUUCCGAGGACGAUGAGCAGGACAUUCGCGACCAACUACGCAAUCUCAAAACCACCGACUCAAAACGAUCAACGAACGCUGGCGCCGACGAAGACGACGAAGACCUCAAGCCCAACUACACCGUCACCACAGACGCAAACGGUAAUGAACGAUACGUCUACCGCGAAAUUGAUCCCGUCUACGACUCGGACGAUUCAGAUGCUGGCGAUGCCAAAAACACAAUCGGAGACAUUCCGCUUUCCUUCUACGACUCUUACCCUCACAUUGGCUACGAUAUCAACGGAAAGAAGAUUAUGCGCCCUGCCAAGGGUGAGGCUUUGGAUGCUCUGCUCGACAGCAUUGAGCUUCCCGAGGGCUGGACUGGUCUGACCGACCCUCAGACCGGCAAGCCUCUGGAGCUUAGCAGAGACGAGCUGGAGGUUCUGAGAAAAUUGACAAGGAACGAAGCGCCUGGCGAGGGCUACGACCCUUACCCCGAUAUGGUAGAAUGGUUCUCCAGCAAGACCGAGAUCAUGCCCUUGAGUGCUGCUCCUGAGCCGAAGAGAAGAUUCGUACCCAGUAAACACGAGGCCAAGCGCGUCAUGAAGAUCGUUAGAGCCAUCAAAGAAGGCAGAAUCAAGCCAUGGAAGGAGCCCAGUGAGGAAGACCAACAGGACGACGAUGUACAAAGAUACGAUGUCUGGGCCGACGAGACUCCCAGAGCCGACCACGCCAUGAACAUGCCCGCUCCCAAACUGCCGCCACCAGGAUACGCCGAGUCUUACCACCCUCCACCGGAGUACCUUCCCGACGCACUGGAGAGAAAGGCCUGGGAGCAGGCUGAUGAGGAAGACCGUGAAAGAGAGUAUCUGCCUACCGAUCAUUCCGCCCUCCGCAGAGUACCUGGUUACGAAAAGUUCAUUAAGGAGAGAUUUGAGCGCUGUCUGGACUUGUACCUUGCUCCUCGUGUUCGCAGAAGCAAGCUCAACAUCGACCCCGAAUCACUCUUGCCCAAGCUUCCUUCUCCAGAUGAUCUCAGACCCUUCCCAACUGUAUGCGCUACUCUGUACAGAGGCCACCAAGGUCGUGUACGCUGCGUUUCGGUUAGUCCUACUGGUACAUUUAUUGCCAGUGGUGGUGACGAUGGAACUGUCAGAGUCUGGGAAUUGCUUUCUGGUCGUCAACUCUACAGCGUCAAGCUUUCCUCCGAGGAAGCUGUCAACGCCGUCAAGUGGAGACCCACCCGCGACACACUCAUCAUUGCUGCAGCUGCUGGUGAGACUGUCUACUUCAUUACUCCUUUGGCUCUUUGCUCGCCUGAAAUUGAGCAAGCCAGCAAGGAUGUUAUUGAUGCUGGAUUCGGUUAUGCCGCCAAGCCUGCCACUACUAAUGCUGGCGCCGAGAGAAAGAUCCCUUCCUCGGUCUGGUCAAGACCGGAGUCACAGAAGCUGCAAGAUCAGGGCGUUCUGCUCACUUGCACUAUGCGUGCUACAAUCAAGGUCAUCAACUGGCACCGCCGUGGUGACUACCUCAGCACAGUCUCGCCUGCCGCUACUUCGACUGCUGUAGCCAUCCACACCCUUACCAAGCACCUCACACAACACCCCUUCCGCCGCUUGAAGGGUAUUGCUCAAACUUGUUCAUUCCAUCCUACCAAGCCUUUGUUCUUCGUCGCCACAAGACAAUCUAUCCGUCUCUACGACCUACAACAGCAGAAGCUUGACAAGGAGCUGAAGCCUGGUGCUCGCUGGAUCAGUUCCAUUGACGUACACCCUGGUGGAGACAAUUUGUUGGUUGGUUCUUACGACAGAAGACUGUUGUGGCACGAUAUGGAUCUCGCUGCUACCCCUUACAAGACUCUCAGAUACCAUCAAAAGGCCAUCAGAAGUGUGCGCUACCACCCCAACUCUGGCCAAUACCCGCUGUUUGCAGACGCCAGUGACGAUGGUAGCUUGCAGAUCUUCCACGGAAAGGUUGUGGGUGACAGUCUAGAGAACGCGCUGAUCGUGCCUCUGAAGGUGCUCAAGGGACACAAGGUUACCGGAGAGUUGGGUGUGUUGGAUGUGGAGUGGCAUCCCCGCGAGCCUUGGUUGGUUAGUGCAGGUGCUGAUGGAACUAUCAGGCUAUGGUGUUAG